UCCAUCAUUUCUUCGUUGCACCUCGACUACCUUUCUUUUAGCUAGUCCUCCUGUGUGAAUAACAAUAUGCAGUGCAUCGUGAUCUGACCCCCGGCCCGGCCCUCCUGUCCAUCAAAAGCAUCAAUAUCAGUCACCCAGUCCGAUAGAUGGAGACAGCCGGAAUCCGUGCGGUGGCCUCGGUGUUGGGCAAGGCGCUGAGCCCACUGUCUGAUGGCGUGCUGGAGGCAUGGGGUGCCAGCUCCAUGCUGGGAUCCAACAUGGAGGACCUAAAGCUGGAACUGUUAGAGGCGCAAGCGAUGCUGCAUAACGUCCGAGGCAGGGAGAUCCACAACCCUGCCCUGGCUCAGCUGCUGGACAUGCUGCGGCAGCUGGCCUAUGGGGCCGAUGACGUGCUGGACGAGCUCGAUUACUUCCGCAUCCAAGAUGAGCUCGACGGCACUUAUCAUGCCGCCCAUGUGCAUGCAGCAGGCUGCGUCAAAGAUCUCGCCCUCCACGCGCGCCACACGGCCAGAGCAUGUGUGAACAAACUCAAGUUCCCAAUGUGCUUGCGUGCUGCCAGACGCAACGAUCCUGAUGAGCAAGACGGCGGCGACAAGCAAGGAUUUCUCUCAGGCGUACGCUUGUAUGGUGGCCAGAGCAAGAUCGGAUCCUCGCGGCCGUCACCAGACAACAAGACAGGUCUCCAGGAGGUUCAUGGCGGAUGUAUGCCUAAGGCUGCCCAUAAUGUCGGUAAACACUUCUCUUGCUUCUCCUUUUUACCGGCUGCCGACCAUGAUGCUCCAACUGGCGUGACGGGAAAUCCCAACAUGACUGAAAAAAAUGAACCCUUACAAACACCAAAACUGAAGUUUGAUAGGGUCAAAAUGUCUACAAGGAUAUUAGACAUCAUAAAGCAGUUGAAGCCCGUAUGUGCUAAGGUUUCCCACAUUCUUAGUCUAGAGCUACAAAACUCUAGCCACAACCCUGCCCAAGACAUUGUUAUGAACAGACCGAAAACCACCCCGCAAAUUAUAGAGCCUAAAUUAUAUGGGAGGGACACACAUAAAAAGAUUGUUGUAGAUAAAAUCGUUAAUGGUGAAUUUCAUGAACUUACUGUGCUUCCAAUAGUUGGCCCGGGGGGUAUUGGGAAGACAACUUUCACACAACAUGUAUAUAAACAAAUGAGGAGUCAUUUUCAGGUUUCCAUUUGGAUAUGUGUCUCUCAAGAUUUUAACGCAAAUAGGUUGUCAAAAGAAAUUGUGAAAAAGAUCCCCGAAAUUACCAAUAAUGAAAAGGAUUAUUGGAGUGACGAAGAACGUAUCAUGCAAAGAAUAAAAGAAAAGAGGGUUUUACUUGUCUUAGAUGAUGUGUGGCCACAUCAUGAGAAUGAGUGGAAAAAAGUAAUAGCUCUGUUUAAAAAAGAGGGGGCAAAAGGCAUCAUGGUUAUAGUAACAACACGAAUACCCGAGGUAGCAGACACGGUUAAGACAAAUGCAUGCUCACUAGAAUUGGAGCGCCUGUGUCCGGCAGAUACUAUGUCUUUUUUUGAAGAAUGUGUAUUUGGUGACCAAAAACCAUGGGUUGACCAUCCAGAACUAUUUGAUGUUGGGAGCAAAAUAGUAGGAAAAUUGAAGGGUUCCCCUCUUGCUGCAAAAACUGUUGGUAGAUUACUAAGAAACAAACUUACAUUGAACCACUGGACAAGUGUUCUUGAAAGUAAAAAAUGGGAAUCACAAACCAACGAAAAUGAUAUAAUGCCAGCUUUAAAGCUUAGCUAUGAUUAUCUUCCUUUCCAUCUACAACAAUGUUUUUCUUUCUGUGCUUUGUUUCCUGAAGAUUAUGAAUAUGAUAGUGAAGAGUUGGUUUACUUGUGGGUUGGACUAGACAUUUUACAUUGUGAUCACAAGAACAAUAGAAUCGAAGACGUUGGAUUGUGCUAUUUAGAUGAAUUGAUCAAUUAUGGAUUUUUCAAAAUGAAUAAAAAUGAAGGUGAACGUCCUAGCUAUGUCAUCCACGACCUACUCCACGAGUUGGCAGUGAAGGUUUCGUCGUAUGACUGUCUUAGCGUAUAUAGCUCCAACGUGAGACACAUAAAAAUCCCCCCAUUUGUACGCCACUUGUCUAUCAUUGUAGAUAACAAGGAUGUCAAGGAUAGGUUAUCUUUUGAAAACUAUGCUGGGAAUUUAAGUUUACUAGAUAAACAAUUGAAAGUUGAACACCUACGCACUCUAAUGUUAUUUGGAGAAUACCAUGGAAGCUUUUCAAAAACUUUUGCUGAUUUGUUUAAGGAAGCUACAGCCCUUCGCGCCGUAUUAUUGUCCGAAGCAUCAUAUAAUUUGGAGGAUAUUCUGGGGAACUUCUCAAAACUUGUACAUCUUCGCUACCUAAGGAUCAAGUCAUCGCUGGAUCACCGGGAGUUCUACUUACCAAGUGCGAUGUUUAGAUUGUAUCAUUUGGAGGUCAUUGAUCUACAAAGUGCAUAUCCCUGCGUUAGUUCAACUAGAAAUAUGAACAACCUUGUAAAGUUGCAUCAUUUUCUGGUGCCAAAAUACGAGCUUCAUCUUCAUUCUGACAUCUAUGGGGCAGGAAAACUAAAAUUCAUCCAGGAAUUAAGAAGAUUUAGAGUGAGAAAGGAGAGCGAUGGUUUUGAACCGAGUCAGCUCGGUCCAUUGACAGAAAUCGGAGGAUCACUUGGCAUUUAUAAUCUUGAAAAUGUGCAAACAAAAGAGGAAGCAAAUGAAAUAAAGCUGAUACACAAGAACCACUUAAGAGAACUCAUAUUAGAAUGGGAAGAUAAACGACCUAAUAUUGAUCCUGUAAAAGAAGAGAGUGUUCUUGGAAGUCUGGUACCACAUAGCAAUCUUCAAGAGUUGUGCGUUAGAGGGCAUGGGGGCACUAGCUGCCCAGCAUGGCUGUGUGAGAACCUGUCAGUAAAAUGUUUGGAAUCUCUUUGUCUAGAUGGUGUAUCUUGGAAGAAUCUUCCGUCUCUAGGAGAGAUGUGGAUGGUUAAUGAGCUUGGUGAAGAGUAUCGGGGUAGUAGUAUCUUACCUCGAAGCUUUCAUAAUCUGAAAAGGCUAGAAUUAAGUAACAUAUCUAGGUUAAAAAAAUGGGUUGGAAAUGGCGCUUGUCCUUUAUUUUCCUGCUUGGAAGUACUCACCAUUAGAUGUUGCUCUGAACUCAUCGAGUUGCCUUUCUCACAUUCAACUUGGUGUGAAGCACAAUGGGAGGAGAAAAUGGCUUGGUUUCCUAGACUAGAGGAGCUCGUAAUUGCAGAGUGUCCGAAACUAGAGUCAUUGCCUCCUAUCCCUUGGCGGACGCAUGGUCCAUGCUCUGCUGAUUUAGAACAAGUGGGGACAGUUGAGUGCCUACAGUACCCAGCAUCUGGACCGAAGUUGCGCUUGAACAUUGAGGGAAAGGGUGGUCACGGUAAUGUGUUUUGGAAUGCGUUGAAUUUCUCUAGUCUAACUAGCCUGGAAGAGUUGAAUGUGUCCUUAAGAAAAGGAGAGUUGUGUAUGGAGACAUGCCCUCCCCUGCCGUUGGGCCGCCUCCAACUGCUAACAUCUCUGAAGAAGAUCCAUCUAUAUGGUUCAAGCAGUAUAUUGUCCCCCAUUGAAGGUGGAGGUCAUGGCAUGUACAGGUUUCCAGUUGAAGACCUCCUGAUCACCAACUGUGAUACUAGCGGGAAAGAAUUGACGGUGCUGCUCUCUUUCCUUCCCAACCUCUCAAGCUUGCAAAUGAGGUUGUGUGACAAUAUAACCUGGUUGUGUGUGGCGGAAACUGUUUGGGGAGAGACAAGAGUCGGAGAGGAGGAAAUAAUGACAGCAGAAGGGCUGCUGCUCUUGCCUCCCCAGCUACAGGAGUUGUUCGUCGAAAAUUGCCCAAAGGCGAGCUUAAUCCCCAAUCCCCUGCACGACGACCACACAGAAGCAGCAGCAGGAGGAGGGGCGCUCCAACGUCUCCACUCCCUCAGCGUAUUCGAUUGCCCCGAGUUUCUCUCCUCCUACUCAUCCUCGUCCUCCUCUUUUUUCCCUUUCCCGGCCUCGCUGCAAUGUCUCCUCCUACCUCACCUCUCCGCCGAGUACAUAAAGACGCUGCAAGCCUUCUCAUACCUCACCUCUCUCACCGAAUUAGCCUUGAAUAUAUUGGGGGAUUCUAGAGACGAGGGGGUCUUAUGGCCUCUCCUCGCCCAUGGACGGCUCACAAAACUUUUCCUCCAUGCUGAAUCGGAUCUCUUUGCCAGUUCCCAUCCCUCACGGCCGCAUGACAAAGACAUCUUUUCCCGUUCCUCCAAGCUCUUCGAUCUGAGCACCAACAACAAAACAGGAUUCCUUGCAGCGCCCAUCUGCAGCCUCCUCCCUUCCACCCUCACCACAUUCAACCUUCGUUUCGACAACGAGAUAGAGCGCUUGACAAAGGACCAAGAGGAGGCCCUUCAGCUUCUGACCUCCCUCGAGGUGCUCGGAUUUGCAUGGGGAGACAAGCUGCAGCGCCUACCUGAAGGUCUACACAAGCUUAUCAACCUCAGAGAAUUAAGUAUCAUAUGGUGUCCGGCCAUCCAGUCACUGCCCAGCCUUCCGAGCUCUCUGCAGGAAUUAGAGAUCACCCGCUGUUAUGCCAUCAAGUCGCUGCCCAACACCCUCCCGAUUUCUCUGGAAAAAUUGAAGAUCACCGACUGUAAUGCCAUCAAGUCGCUGCCCAAGAAUGGCCUUCCAAGCUCAAUGCUGGAGUUAAAUGUCCAUGAUGGCAACAGCAAAGAGCUAAAAAGGGAGUGCCGCAAGCUGAUAGGAAUCAUCCCGAUAGUCAGAACUCAGAACUGAACCGACCAAGAAGCGUUUAUUCUACUAAUACUGGCGCCAGCCGCAAGGGUGACGGUCUCAGUUUGUAUCUUCCGUCCUGCGCAUAAAACUGGUAUUCUCAUGCUCAUCCUGGUUUAUUUCUAGAUGAGUAUCAUUUACAUUCUGGUCGUCACUCGUAGAGACUUGGUCAAAAUGUCAGCACAUAUUGCUGGACGAAAUGAGACUCAGUGAUUUUGCUACUAAAAUAAAGGAACUUCACAAGAAUGGCGUUAGUACCAUUUCAGUCAGUGCUUGGGUGGAGCCAGUUCAGACCUCGGGAUUCCAAUUCAGUUCCAAACUUCCAGACUCAACUAUGGUUCUUAAGUUGUUGAUAGACAUGACCUGUGGUACAGCUUUGGAGAUUAACAAUGCAGUAGGACCAUUUAUGUGUGAAGGUAUAACUCUUGUUUGUGCCUUCGAGGAAAGGUUAGUAAAACCCUACUGAAAUCCAUGAUUGCUUUAGCUAUGCUAGAUUGUAUUCAAUGUGCAAGUGUCAAACUGUUCUUGCCUCAUGAGACCUAGGUUAGAGAACUUGCUACAUUCUUCAUAAGUUGGCAGUCUAGCUUUUGAGCACACUAAUAAUCACAGUAUUCAUUGCCACGCUAAAUUAAAUAACAUAAAGAGAGUGUUCACUUGAUGCAUAUAGUCGUAAAGGUAGGGAACACUUGUUGUGCGGGGAUUGAUGAACAUUGAUUGAGCAAAAAGGCUUGAGUUCGCUAAUUUUUAUUCGUUGAACUUCACGAGUUAUGUAUGGAGAAGGUGAUUUUAUUCUCUUAUUGACCCGGGGUAUUUUUUUGUCCCACCAAUGCUAAGAACAGAACAGAAUUCAUCAGCCUUGAUUAUUGCAAUCUGAAUAUUUAGUGUAUAUUGUUAAGUUUGAUGUUCCUCUAGUGUGAAGUCUUCCAAUGCCAGUCAUUCUUUUUGCUAGCCUCUCCUUCAUCAGGAUAUCGCAUACUCUGCCGGUGUACAUAUACAAAUCCUAGAAAUUAAACCAUUUCUUCCAUGUGUCGACACCAUACCUUCCUAUAUAGCACAUCUCUUGCUAUUCCACAGUAGUUGAUUAUUCCAUAAGCACACUCAUCAAGUCUAGGAAGACUCAAAAGUGCUUUAGUGUCAGCAACCCUGCAAAUUUCAUCAUUAUGAAGAGCUAUAUUCCUUGACAUUGAUGCCUCUCACAGCCAAAAAUGCAAUAAAUAAAUAAAAAGAGAGAGGGGCGUCAUUCAAAAGAUCAAAAUGUUCAUCCUCGAGCAAGAAGAAACAGUCAGCAGUGCUACCAUAUUCAUUGGUAGAAUGUCUAAUCAAACUACUACCUAUGCAAAAGGUAUGGUUAACAAGUACAUCGCUCGCAUCCUGGGAUCACCUUACAUUGCAUCCUCUCAAUCAUUUCUUUGGCGUGAGUCCAUUCCCUCCCACAUCCCCUGGGCACUACUUCUUCCAAUGACUGGAAUGUGAAGACUUCUUUGUACUGGAGUUGAACUCUUAUUUAGCUUUACAAUCUAGAUUUCAGAUUUGCUCAUCUUUUGAAUUACCGUACCAAACUCCAGAUAAGCUUUCGACAAAUAUAAAGUAGAUAGGAAACACUACGGCCAUUGGCCAGCAUAGACUAUUAUUACGUGAUGAGAGCUAUUCCGGAUCAUGAUGAGGCAAGCUCACUAGAUACCUGCUCUUGGAAGGUUCACAAAGGAAUAAAAUUGUUGGCUACUCUUGUUUCCUUUUGCUCUUGAUAUUGAAGUCAAACAACCUAGCGACUUGGUGUUCAAAAACUUUGAAAGCUAUACUGUUGAUGCUGAUCACUCUCAUAAAAUGAAAAUAACUCUCCUCAUGGCAAUGAAUAAAGUUGUUAUUUAAGCUUGUGCUCAAUUGUUAGGUUGCUACUUUGAUAAGUUUGUAAGAGGUGUCUCGGCCCGAAGUCUAUGAGGUUUUAAAUAAUUGUUUGCACAUGAGCACUUGCUUGCAAUCUCUCUGCGCUAAGCUUUCAGGGAUUUCACAAGUACAUGGGCGACUU